UUCGAGGUGAUUUGGUUGAAGUCGAGAUUCGCCGCAAAUCAAUCCUGGAUUGUAUGCGGGGAACCCCGGAUAUGAAUGAGCGAAUGAUUUAACGAGGGGUUGAUAUGAAAGAAUGCGAGAAUAUGCGAAAUCUGGCGAUGGCACGCGAUGCCAUCCAAAGAUACCUUCGAGUGGCUGUCGUUAAUCUGCCCGCCCGCGCAUCCACGUUUAGCUUCUGUCGCGGACAUGUGUGUGUGUGUGUUGUGAAAGCGUCUCCGGGCGUGUGUUGACUAUCUCUCUCCAUUGGAUGAAGCGGUUCCUGGUCCUUGGAAUCGCUGCGGUGCUCCCUUCCGUGACUUGGCCGAGUUUUGGCCUGUUGAUCCGAGUUGGUUUGUCGUUGCCGGGGUGAAUCUCGUCCCCUCCUGUGGUGGCUUUUCGUGCGUGUUCCCUUCGGCUGUUGUGUUUCCGUCAGCAGCCCUCGGCAUUGAUGUGUUGUAACUCGAUCAGAAAUGAGUGACUGCGUGAUUUUGUGAUGUAAUGCGCUACUAGUGAUUCCCACCGUAAAUAGACCGCAGCUUCAAGGAUGCUACUGAUUCUUACAUUCCGUUCGGAGUCUGUGAGUCGGUUUGCUAAGGAGACUAACAAGUGAAUUCCACUAACCAGUAGCUGGUCUGGAGUGAUAGUGCUCUUUUGAGAGCAUUGGCAUUCGAUUGAGUCCUAUCGUUCCACCAGUCAUCUGCUCAAUUCUCUAAGGUUUUGCUAGCUUUUAGCAUAUUUGUUCGAGCUCCGUCACGGUUGAUCAGGAUGCACUCUGUUUCUGUAAGAGCACCGUGGGAGGGUGCUUGCUCAAGUUUGAAAAGCUCCCGCAAUCAUGAGCAUUUCCUGGCGAGGGAUUCCCGACCACAUAGGGUGCGGUGUGGAGUUGCUGAGCCUUCUGGAAAACCGGCGCCCUUUGGUCAAAUCACGCGCUACAACGACAAUAUUCUGGACAAAGCUUUCAUUGCCCUAUUUCGCCGAAAAAUGGAAGCGAACUUAGGUAAGACCUCGAAGAUGCAAGGUUACGAGGGAUUUGUGGAUGUUUCAAAGAAAAUAAUGCAGGGAAGAACAGCAGUUGAACAGAGAGCAGUUGUCCGUGACGUUCUUCUCUCGCUUCUUCCUCCUGGAGCGCCAGCACAGUUCAGAAAGUUGUUUCCACCCACAAAGUGGUCGGCAGAGUUCAAUGCCGCUGUCACAGUGCCCUUCUUCCAAUGGCUUGUUGGGCCAGCUGAGUUGAUGGAGAUCGAGGUAAAUGGAGUGAAGCAAAUGAGUGGCGUAAAAAUCACUAAGUGCAGAUACCUAGAAAAUAGUGGAUGCGUCGGGAUGUGCGUCAAUAUGUGCAAAAUCCCGACCCAGGAUUUCUUCACCAAUGAAUUCGGUCUUCCACUUACUAUGACACCCAAUUUUGAAGAUAUGAGCUGUGAAAUGUUCUAUGGACAGAGUCCGCCUCCCAUAGAAGAAGACCCUGCGCUUAAGCAACCGUGUUUUUUGAAUAUGUGUUCAAUUGCUCCACCACAGUCGACUGCAUGUCCGAAGCUACAACAAGUCGCACAAGAGAUUUCACUCACUGAAGCUUAGAGUUUGUUGAGCAGCUGGGCAACAGAAGUCUUCAUCAAGGAAUCAUGGUAGAGAAUAUGAUCAAUUGUGGAGCAAUUCACAUCUGUAUAAGAGGAAACGUCUGCUGCGCUCUUCAGCUAGCUGGUAGCUCCGACAUCCUUUGUAGAUUAAUGUUGAUUUUCUGACUAAAAAUAUACACAUACAUUUGAUCUCAAAAGCAGUGACAAGUUCCACGAAUGACGAGCUUUGGAACAAGGCUAGUUACUAUUCAAAUCUUCUAGCAAAUAGAAUCCUUAUCAUGACAACGGCGUCUCUCACACAUUUGCAUUCGACCACAUGAGGCUUUGAGCUCUGGACAUCCUCUACAUGUACUUCUUAAUGCGUACACCUGAAGAGAAAAGACUAUUGAGAAAGGCUUCACGAUG